AUGGAUCGCCCUGAGCCGGGGCUUGUCAAGUGGUCUCCCAAGGCCUCUGUAGACAGCUUCGUGCACAUUAAUCUGCAGCAUCGGGUUGUCCAGCUCUACGAACCCACUGGCCACGCGCGCGCGGGAAGGUUUGAUUAUGCCAAGGUCAGCAGGCACGAUGAUUUCCCUCCCCUCACGACGUAUGACUGGUCUCCGGAGAAUCCCAGUCUGCUAGCUGUUGGUACGCAAGCUGGUAUAAUAAAUCUCUUGAGAAUCGACGACAGCUCCAAUGCCUACAUCGAGCUCGGUCUUAAAAUGUCACGUACUUGCCAAGCUGUCUCAUUCAACACGACUGGGCUGCUGGCAGUAGGCUUGGAUCGCGUUCGGAUGGACCAGAGUUUACAAGUGUGGGAUGUCAAUCGCCUAUCAUCUGUGGUAUCUCCUGGCAGCAAGGGAUUUCCUAGUAAUUGGGGCAGCCUUUCAGACCCCAAGAGAGCUGAGCCUAGCGUAUCUGUUUCCAGCAUCAAGUUCUUUGAGGAUAGCCCCAAUGUGCUGGUAGUUGGUAUUAAGGGUCAAGGUGUCAGGAUACAUGACCUUCGUGCAAUUGAUUAUGCCGAUCAAAAUUAUUUUGCAUCAUCAGCUCUUGAUCAUCCCGGAGUCAUGAUAUGGGAUCGAAGGGCAACCUCUCGGCCUGUCGCUUCUCAUGUAUAUGCGCAGGCUGUUGAGGAGGAUGAAUUACCUUGGGGCGGAGCGUUGCGCCUUGAUACAGUUGUUGAUACAGACUCGGACUCAGCGGCUGAAGAGAAGCACUCACUCAUCCGCUCUCUGCGUUACUGCCGAGACCGUCGUGGCUUAUUGGCCGUGUUAUCCCGUAACGGACAGCUCAAGAUCCUUGAAACGAACAAGGAACUUCCAUCGUCAGAUACUGUAUCACAUGAGGGCCCUGAACUUCUCAAGGUACAGAAAUCGCACGAGAUGGAUGUCUCUUACCGCGACAACUCUAGAAAGAAUGAUCGGAUUGUCUCAUUCGACUGGGUGACGUUGGGCUCAACUGCUCUGCGACCUAGACUUUUGGUGCUACGCGCAAACGGCGGAUUUGAUAUCCUAGAACAGCCGUCUAAUACAGCAGAUCACAUCUUCAAACUUGUGCCUUGGCAAUCUCCUCAUCGUGGCCUCGAAGAAAACACUCCAUAUCAAGAUCUAAUGCAUUUCGAGACUGCGCAGGCUCCAAAAAUGCUUGCUCCAAUUAUCAUUGAAGACAGCUUAUCUGAUGUUUCGGUCUUUGGGUCGGAUAAAGUGAGUAUCGAGGCAAGCAUUGACAAAGCUCUCGAUCCGAAAACGCCGAUAUCGGUUACCGUUGAAGUCAUUGAUGAGAUCACUUCGCCUUUGCCGGAGUCUUUCCAUAAAGCUGAGACGAUUGCAGAGAAGCUUCGCAUUUUACGCAACUAUGUGCGCGAGGAAACCGCCAUUCCUGGCUCGCCUGACGAAGGCAGACCGCAUGCCAAAGACGUGAAGCGGCUAAUGAAUAGCAAACCCGGCUCCGCCAAUAUCAGUUCCAAUGGAAUUGGUUCUUGUAGUGAAAUUCACGAGGCACUUCUUGGUACUCUCGCGUCCUCAUCGGGGCUUCCAAGAGAGGCACAAUGUGUAGUCGACCAUGUCAAAUUAUUGCGUGCUAAAGAGAAAUACUUGUUCGACGCCGUCACCAACAGAAAUGUGACAUCUGAUGACCCCUGGAAACGGUUUGUUUGGGAUUGGAUUGGUGACGCGGAGCGAGCUGCGGAUGAUGGCGGCAUGGUGUUCUCUCACAUGGAUCUAAGCUACUUGGGCGUGCAUGCAAUAUGGACUAACAACUUGGGCCGAACUCCAAGCACUCGCCUGUCUGCUGGCGCCCCUGUUCCCGAUGCGAAUCAGUGGGAACGUUACAUUGGCUCGUACUGUAAGAAGAACCAGCUACCUAGGUUCGAUGGUGUUGUGACAAAGAAGCCUCACCACCGCCAGCUAUGCCUUGAAAUAUGCAGCUGGGGAGAUUCCCAGAAUCAUGAGCCUGGCGGCUUAGAUCGAGAGGCAGACCCGGAGUACCCAGCUGGCAAUCAUACAAUGGCAGCAUCCCGGGCUCUAUUUAGAGGCGACACACAGCUAGCCGUUGACAUAUUGAAAGAUGCCAGCCCGUUGCAUCCAGAGCUGCUCUUCGUUUCAUUAGCUUUGCAGCUCAUAAGCCGAGAAGGCAAUCAAGUUCCCAAAGAGAAGCUAGAUAUCGAUGAAGCAGUUGCAUCAAAGACAGACCCGUACCUCCGGGCGAUAUCAUCCCUGAUAGCUACGGGGGAUUGGACCAUUAUCGCUAAUCAGGCGUCCCUACCUCUCGCAGACAGAGCCUACGUUGCGUUCCGCAACUUCACAGACGACCAACUCACCACAUGGCUCCGCGAACAAGUCUCCCGCGCUGUGAAAGAGGGAGAUAUCGAGGCCAUCUGCCUUACUGGCAUCACAGAUACCAUGGUUGACAUCUUUGCACGCUACGUCGAAAAGUUCAACGACUUCCAGACUGCCACGCUGGUCAUGUCCAUCUGCGCUCCGCGAUACAUUGAUGAUAUUCGCUGCCGAGCAUGGCGCAACGCUUACCGCGCCUAUCUCCAACGCCACCGCUUCUUCUUCCAGCGAACAAAGUUCGAGGUCGAGUCCACGAAGCGCUCUAAGCGCGAUGGAAUCCCCGCGCUGAAGCCCCCGUCUCGCCAGGUCGCUCUCCGCUGCGUCUACUGCGAUGCCAGCACGUCUCUCGCCAACCACCAUGGUGCGGCUCCCAUGGUGCCCUCAUCUACCAUGGAGACGCGCAACCCCAUGCUCGCAACGAGCAUCAACUCCGGCGUGAGCUGUCCCAACUGCGGAAGACACCUCCCUCGGUGUAUUCUCUGCUACGAAGUCGUUGGCGUGCCGCGCUCGGAUCGGCCCGAAGAAAAGGAGGAGACUCGCAUGGCGAGCCGGUUCCCUACGUUUUGUCUCCGGUGCGAGCACGUACUGCAUUUGGAUCACGCGAGGGAGUGGUUUGCGAGGCACGUCGAGUGUCCUGUACCGGAGUGUCGCUGCCGGUGCAAUUUUCGGGCAAACCCAGAGCUGAACUAUCAUUAA